CCUGAGAAUUGUAGCUGGCAAAUUGUCCAUGAUGCCUUUCUGUUCCCUCAUGCCCAAUUGAGAUAAAGGAUGUCAAGUGUAAGCUAAAUAAGGCAGAGGCCUUGGAAAGGUUAAACUCAUUGCAGGAUAGCAGUCAUUGAGAUCUCCAAGAAGCUGUCAUAUGUAAAAACAGUUACACUAGUAGAUUUUAAAUUUUUAAAGGAAUUUUUCAGAAAUAACAAAUAUGAGAGUGCCCAUCUCUGAGGACUAUAAAGGUGAAAGUGAAGGAGAGAAGUCUGGUGAGGAAGAUACAGAAGAUGAAGAAGAAAAGAUAUUCCUUAAACCUGUCAUUGAAGACCGAAACAUGGAAUUGGCUAGAAAAUGUACUGAGUUAAUUAGUGAUAUCAACUAUAGAGGAGAGUAUAAAAAGUCAAAAGACAAGUGUACGUUUGUGCCUGAUACCCCUUUGCUAAAUCAUGUGAAGCAUAUAGGUGCUUUUAUUUCUGAGGCAAAGUACAAAGGCACUAUCAAGACAGACCUUUCCAAUUCUUUGUAUAAGCAGAUGCCAGCCACAAUUGACAGUGUGUUUGCAAGAGAAAUUUCACAGCUUCAGAGUGAGGUUCUCUACAAACAGAAAUAUGAUGCUUCCAAAGGAAUAUCAGACUAUUCCCAUAUGAAGGAACCACCUGAUGUAAUGCAUGCCAUGGAAACCAGCAAACAUCAAAGUAAUGUUUCUUAUAGGAAGGAUGCAGAGGAUAAUCAUAAAUACAAUGCGGGGAUUGACAGAUCAGACAUCAAGAUGGCAACCCAAGUCUCCAAGAUCAUUAGCAAUGCUGAAUACAAGAAAGGAAAAGGAGAAAUGAAUAAAGAACCAGCUGUGAUUGGAAGGCCAGAUUUUGAGCAUGCAAUGGAAGCUUCUAAACUUUCUAGUCAAGUUAAAUACAGAGAAAAAUUAGAUAAUGAAAUGAAGGAUAAGAAACACCAGUAUAAUCCUCUGGAAAGUGCUUCUUUUAGGCAAAGUCAGUUUGCAGCUACCCUUGCAAGUGAUGUGCAGUACAAGAAAGAUGCUCAGAUGAUACAUGAUCCAGUUUCAUAUCUCCCAAGCCUAUUUUUAGACCAUGCUUUGAAAACCAGCAAAAUGCUCAGUGAUCAUGAAUAUAAGAAGCUGUUUGAAGAAAGCAAAGGAAGUUAUCACUUUGAAAUUGACACAGCUGAGCACCUCCAUCAUAAAGGCAACACAGAGCUCCAGAGUCAGGUUAAGUACAAAGAAAAGUAUGAAAAAGCUAAAGGCAAGUCCAUGCUUGAAUUUGUGGACACUCCAUCUUACCAGGCUUCCAAGGAGGCUCAAAAAUUGCAAAGUGAGAAAAUUUACCGAAAAGAUUUUGAAAAAGGACUUAAAGGAAGGCCCUCGAUGGAUUUAGACAAGACUCCAGAAUUUUUGCAUGUAAAAUAUGUCACAAAUCUUCUCAAAGAGAAAGAAUAUAGAAAGGACCUGGAAAAUGAAAUAAAAGGGAAAGGAAUGGAACUUAGUUCAGAGAUCCCUGACAUUCAGAGAGCAAAAAGGGCUUCCGAAAUGGCAAGUGAGAAGGAGUACAAGAAAGAUCUGGAAACUGAAAUUAAAGGGAGAGGAAUGCAAAUUGGCACAGAUGCCCUUGACAUACAACGAGCCAAAAAAGCUUCUGAAAUCUCAAGCCAGAAAGACUAUAAACGAGAUCUGGAGACAGAAAUUAAAGGGAAAGGAAUGCAGGGGGGCACAGAUACUCUUGAUAUCCAACGGGCUAAGAAAGCAUCUGAAAUGGCAAGCCAGAAAGAAUACAAGAGAGACCUGGAAAAUGAAAUUAAAGGGAAAGGAAUGCAAGUGAGCAUGGAUAUCCCUGAUAUGAUUCGAGCCAAGAGAGCAUCUGAAAUCUACAGUCAGAAAAAAUACAAAAAUGAAUCCGAGAAGAUGUUGACUAGCUAUUCAACAGUGGCAGAUACUCCUGAAAUACAGAGAAUCAAGACAGCCCAGAAAAAUAUCAGCACGGUGUUUUAUAAGAAAGCAAUAGGAGCUGGCACAGCUGUAAAAGAGACUCCAGAGAUUGAACGAGUCAAGAAAAAUCAGCAGAAUAUUAGUUCAGUGAAAUAUAAAGAAGAAAUAAAGCAAGCAACAACCAUUUCAGACCUUCCAGAGCUAAAAAGAGUUAAAGAAAACCAGAAGAACAUCAGCAAUCUUCACUAUAGAGAGCAACAUUACAAAGCUACCCCUGUAUUCAUGACACCUGAGAUUGAGAGAGUGAAAAGGAACCAGGAGCAUCUCAGCUUGGUGAAAUACAGAAGAGAAAUCCAAUGUGCCACCCCCAUUUCUGACCCACCAGAGUUGAAGAGAGUUAAAGAAAACCAGAAGAACAUCAGCAAUGUUCAUUAUAAGGGACAAUUAGGCAGAGCUACUGCCAUAAGUGUCACUCCAGAGAUGGAGAGAGUCAAGAAGAAUCAAGAAAAUAUAAGCUCGGUUAAGUAUACCCAGGAUCAGAAACAGAUGAAAGGUAGACCAAGUUUGAUUUUAGAUACUCCUGGACUGAGGCAUGUUAAAGAAACUCAAAACAACAUUUCCAUGGUAAAAUAUCAUGAAGACUUUGAGAAGACGAAGGGCAGAGGUUUUACUCCUGUGGUGGAUGACCCGGUGACUGAGCGGGUGAGGAAGAAUACGCAGGUGGUCAGUGAUGCUGCUUACAAAGGUAUACAUCCACAGAUUGUGGAAAUGGAUCGGCGGCCUGGAAUCAUUGUGGAUCUUAAAGUUUGGCGUACUGAUCCUGGUUCCAUCUUCGACAUUGAUCCAUUGGAAGACAAUAUUCAGUCUAGGAGUCUACAUAUGCUUUCUGAAAAGGCAAGUCUCUACAGUAGACAUCGAUCUCAUUCAACCAGUACCCUGGGUGUAGGACUGGGGGAUGACAAGUCAGAAAUCUCUGAGACAAACCCUAGCUUUUCCUUCUGCAGUGAGAUAACAAGACCAUCUGACGAAGAAGCCCCUGUACUUCCUGGGGCUUACCAACAAAGCCAGUCCCAAGGCUAUGGGUAUAUGCAUCAGACAAGUGUGUCAUCCAUGAGAUCAAUGCAACACUCGCCAAGUCUGAGGACCUACCGAGCAAUGUAUGAUUACAGUGCUCAAGAUGAAGACGAAGUUUCCUUCAGGGAUGGUGACUAUAUUGUCAAUGUGCAACCCAUUGAUGAUGGAUGGAUGUAUGGCACUGUGCAGAGAACUGGGAAAACUGGAAUGCUUCCAGCCAAUUACAUUGAGUUUGUUAACUAAUUCUUUCUUCUCCUUCCCCUUUGAGCUUCAUUCUGAUGUAUUCUAAAACCUAACCUUUUUAAAAAGAUGGAAGAUACUUUUAAGACCACUUAUUAGCUAUUUUAUCACUGAGAUGAGUCAGUCCUUAAAAUGAAAAGCAGACACACAGGUCCCAGGAAGAAAGGAUGAGCUUUCAGCCAAAAGCAGCAGUAGAUUCAGUCCUUCUAAAAACCAACCAAGUUAACUGUGACUGGAUAACUAGUGCUGGUAAUUGUGUUAAUGGUUUCUUCUGAUUGGCUCCUGAAAUUUUGAGUAAAAUGUGCUUUUCUGGUUUUGAAAAGAGACUUUGCUUCUCCCUCAACUCGGACAAGUAAAGGCAAUGUCUUAGCUGUCACUCUGAAUCUCUGAAAUGUCACUAGAAUCAUGAGAGAUCCAGUCCAUUAAUAUAAUAAUAGCUCAUCCAGUAAUCUUCACUGUUUAAAUUUAGACUCCUGAGGCAGGUACCAAUUCUAAGUUUAAUCAUCCAGGUGCACAUUUUUAAGGACUGGCAGAGAAUAGGCUGGUUGAAAACACUUUGUCUUAUCCAGUCGCCUUAGAGAUAAAAGUAAGUUUUGCUCACAGUAAAAGAUUCCCAGAUUUCUCGGCACAAUGGUGUCUGUGCUAUCCAUAUGCAUUCCCAGGUGUGCCCCAUUCCUCCACUUACAUUUGAUAGGGCCAAGUGGUUAAGACUUCCUUUUUGAUUUCCAUUACUUAUCCUCUAAAUCUAAUUCAGGGAAAGAAAUAUAAUAUUUUCUUGGCCUCAUAAAAUGCCAGGGUGAAAUAACUCUCCAUAGCUACUCUACAAAAGCCUAAAUUCAAAUGCUGCCUAUUUUACUUCCCUCUUUUACCCUGAUUACCCCAGGCAGGCUUGAGCUUAUGUACCAUAUGCAGCAAGCAGCACUGCAUAGCCCAUAACCAUGCUUAUUCCUGUCAUAACAGUCAAGUACAUAGUUGAUUAAAAAAACCCUGCUAUUUGCCAGCUCAUCAGAAAAAAAUACAUUUUAAAAAGUUGCUUGAGAUUCUUCUGCUGUUCUAUAUUCUAAUUUUGAAGGAGUUACAACCUUAGGAAAUAGAUUUAUAUUCUAGUAAAUAAAUAAUUUAGGUAUUCCUUGAGCAGCUUUCACUGACAAUGCUUCUAUAUUAAGAAACAAAUAGGAUCUGGUGAAAAGUUGAAUUUGAAUGAAAAAUAUUGAAAAUUGCAAAGAAAAAGGUAAUGGAAAGAGUAUAAGAAUGUUAAUGGAUAGAGCAUAAUGAAUGGGUGGUUUCUCAUUUGGUUCCUGGAUGGAAAUUCAACCACCUAAACUGGUUAUAUUAAGGAUUCUCUUUCCACUUUGUAUUAUAUCUCCUCUAGACCUAAUUCUCUGUGUGUAUGUAAAAUAGGAGAUUCAUUCAUUCAGCACAGACACAAUGAAUUGCUCACUGGCUGAGGAAUGAUUGUGAAGUUAGAUUUUUUUUACUACACAGAAUGAGCAGAGAUUUCCAUCAAAUUAGUACCACUCUUAGCUGUGAAGUCACAGUGUCAUACUUGGGACAUGAAGCCAAAAGGUGAAUGGAGGAAAUAGCCAAGGUGUGGAUACACCUAUAUAUAUAUAUUUUUUCUGAUUACGUAGCUUAUUGUCAUCUGCAGUGAGAAUAUGCAGAAAGAACGUCUGUAUUCUUUGCACCAGUGCAAGGCUUUGCUUAAUACCUUACUUUUUUUAACUCUCCAAGCAUUUAGUAAAAUUUAUAAUAUUUAGCAGGAUAUCUGUAGCAUAGACUAUCUCGAAGAACUUAAAGUGACAAUAAGCAUGAAAAAAGUCUUGUAACUGAAAAUGUUAUGGGGCCAAAGUUAAUUGUCUGUUGAGAUUUUAUACCUUUGAAAGUCUAUAUUGUCUCUUUUGAGGAGGGGGAGAGUUAAGAAAGCCAGUAAGCUAUAUUACGAUCAAAUCAUGUCUACAUGGCAUCAAUUAGGCUUGAAAAGUGAACAUUUCAGUCAGUCUAGUCUGUUUGAGAUGAUAAUAACAUCACCAAAUAAGGGAUUUGCCUUUUUUUGGCAUUGACUUGGAAAAUUUUUACCUGAAUCAGUGCAAUUAAUCAGUUGCCUUGGGUGGUGGGGAAUUACUCAGGUAGAGACAAAGGAAAGCCUCAAACUGGUAAUAGAAUUGAAAAAAUGUACUUUGAAAAAUAAUCUAAAGGCAAUAAGCCUCUUUACUUUUAUUUGAUUUAAAAAUAAAUUUGUAAGACCCAAAGCACAAGAUAGACCAUCUUCUGUGAUGUUAAAAAAAUUUGCUGAGUGUAAUUUCAGACUAAGCAUAAGAAGGCUUUAAGUUUUACAAACUCACAUGUAGGAUGCUGGUGGAAAACUGACUUUAAGUGAUCAUUAGAAUCAAGGCUACAAAUGAAUACAAAAUGGCUACUUGGUAUUUUAUAUUUAAUCUGCAAUUUCAAAUCUCAAAUUUGGAAAUUGUAAAGACCUACAUCAACAGAUAUGUAUUCACAUAGAUGCUGUGUUCUGCUUCUGACCUUUACUUAAGAGCUGGACAUCAAUCAAGAUCCUUAUGCUUCAUGUAGUAUCAACAAGCAGUAAUUAAGGGGCAAGCAUCAGGACUGGUAAUUGCCAGUGAUAUAGAUGAGGCAGAGCAAAAUACUGUGUACUUUGAAGAUGACAAUUCAUUGUUGUUUAUCAUGGUUACAAAAUCUCAAUGGCACAUAAAGUAUCUCUGAAGCAGGAAGAACACUGAUUACAGAGAAGUCUUACACCAAAGCACUAUUUCUACAGUCAUGAUUUUUUUAAAAGUACAUUCUUUGUUUUCUUAAAUGAAUACUCAUUAACCCUCCUCCUGGCACCACCACCUUCCUUCCAUCCUAAUCCUGCUUGGCAACAUCUCUCUCUGUUUCUCUCUCUGUUCUCUCUCUCUCUCUCUCUCUCUCUCUCUCUCUCUCUCUCUCUCUCUCUCUCUCUCUCUCUCUCUCUCUCUCUCUCUCUGUCUCUCUCUCUCCCCUCUCUCUCUCCCUCUCCCCCCCUCUCUCUCUUUCUCUCUCUCAUAUAAAACAUUGACAGCAAAGAGCAAAGUUAAGCAUAAAGUAUCUAUUUUAUUGAGUUAAAGAAGACGACAUCAUACCCAAAAUAGAAGGGGUGAAUGUCCUUACCUUUCUAAUCUUGGGAUGUUUUCAAGACUGAUAAAAGCAACUGGACCAGUUGGAUCCAUUUUUAAAGGUUCCCAAGAACAACAACAAAAUCCCAAACUGUGUGUGAAUCAUUUUUCUCUUGAGUAUGAUGUUAAUAAGGAAAUAUUUCUUCUGCUGUAAGUAAGGUUUUGUAGUACACGUUUUUACUGAUUCUUAUCUAGGAAAGCUUUCUAUUUUUAACCUAUGGCAAAAUGAAUUCUUCUUUGUCAUCUUGUUAUCAUCAACUCUAAUUAGCAGCAUAAUCCAGUUUGCAGUGUUGGGAUCCAUAUCUCAUGUCCCACUGAGCUUAGCAGAACACACAAAAGUGUGUAAGCACAAUUCUCAGAAUCACCUUGUGUAGAUCUGCUGUUUUAGCAGGGCAAUACUCAACCUGUGUCUUUGCUUUUCUCACCAAUUAACUGAAGUGAAAAGCCUGAAAAAAAGUGUAUUAUUUUGCCUGUUUUUACCACAGACAACUACUCUCUGUUGUGCUUCAAUGCAUUUCAAAGAUUGGGAGAAGUCUCUUCUCAAAGAGGCAACGGAAUGAAUAAAGUUGCCCCUCUGUUUCAGGUUUAUUCACCUCCAGUAGAAUGUUCUAAAUACAAAGAUAAUUAAAAUGUGUGUUUCCUGUAAAAGCACACAUGUGUAAACAUGGAGAGAGUAAAUAAGGUGUUAUUAUAUAUUUCAUAAAAUGGGUGCCUUGUUGAUUACCCCCAUUGUUCACAUGGCCUUUGAAAGAAAACCAAGCAAGCUUCUAUCGCCAGUUCUACAGAAAUGCUCAUAUCCUACGUGAUUCUUGUUUUAGAAAGGGGAAGCUCUGGAGAAAGAAGAGCUCUCUUUGCCAUCAGAUCAUAUUGGAAUUAAUAACCGAUUACAUUUCACUUACCGAAGAUUCAAACUCACAAAAAAUGAACGGGAAUUUUAAAACUUUUUCAUCUGUUCCUUGAGAGUUCCUUUAGUACUUCUUAAUACCUCAAGGGUUAAAUGUGGGGUUAGGGAUUUUAAGUGUCUCCUAUACAAAAGAAUUACGAGGCACACAUAUUUGGCAGAAUGAACUACAAGAGAUGAAAACUGUAUUAUGAGUUCAUUGCUCAUUCAGCUCUUUGACUCUGAAAAUCUAAAACCUGUAGAUAAGUAGACCUAUAAAAGUUGCUAUACUAUGGCUGUCCUGAGUAACAUGAAAUAUGGAAACAAAAAAAACUUUAGUUAAAUACUGUCUUAGUAGUAAAACAUAUAAAUUAGGUUAAAAUGCUAAAUGAAAGUAGCUCUUUGAAGUACUCUAUGCCCUUCAGGGCUCUUUGCAGGCAAUUGCAAUCUACUGGUGAUCUAAAAAGCUAAGACUUUAGAUAAGCUCUAGCAAUUAUUCCAAGAUGCUUUAGACUACAGGAACUCUACACCACAAGUCUGGAAGAAGCCUCAGGGCCAUCUGUUGCCCCUCAGACUCUCUGAUUCACUUCAGCAUAUUUGUGGGGAUUUCAUAUGCUUUUUUGUGUCUGAUAUACGAUGUAAAGUUUGCAUAUUAGACUUAAGUUGUAAUCCAUUUGCUGUUGAGAAUGAAUUGUGUUGGAAAAUGAAAGGUUAUUGCAUGACAAUCAUGUGCUUGGCUAUUGCACUGGACAGGUUGUUGGACCAUCAGAAAAUAGCACUGAAUGUACUGUUGACAUGAUGUAGAAACUCUAAGCUGUUGGUUUUUGCCAUGUGACAUUAAAAAAAAUGGUAAAAAUGAACCACUGGGCAGUUUGGCUUAUAUUUGAUUCAAAGUAUGUAGAAUUUGAGUUUGUUAUUCUGCUUUUUUUGCAAAAGUGUAUUUGCUCAAAUGGCAUGCCAUUAAGCAAACAUACUGUUUUUAGAAUGGAGGGGCUUACGGGAUGAUGUCACACAUUGGCAUAAUUUGGCUUUUGUUAUGCAGAUUGUUAACACCAGCUAUUAAAUAUAUAUUUUAGUAGAAAUGCUUUAAUUCAUGUUCUUUUCCCUUUACACUGUGAAUCUUGAAGCUUUGGUGGACUACAACAUGAUUCUACCCUAAAUACUAACCUAUGCAAACUAGAUCACAUUUCAUUUGAUGUCACAGUAAAUGUAAUAUGAUAUUUUUCCCUGCAUAACAAGCAAUGCCAUUGAAAAAAUGGUUGAGUCUCACAUCAUAUAUGUUCAUCCUGGUCACCGAAGUCACUCUUCAAUGCAACUGUCAUCAUUAGGAUGAGUUUAGUUCAUUUGGUUUGGUUGAUGGAUUGUUAAAAUGAGAUUGCCCAGUGAUGUACACCUGCUAUAGCUCCAGCUUGCUCACUUUGAGUGUUUUCCUCAAAUAGAAAUGUGUGUAAAAAUGCCCUCCCUUCAGGGUAUGGAUGUUCUUUUCUCCAUUCUGUAUUUGUGAAACUUUAUAAAAAUCAUUAAUUUUCCAUCCCUACACACUUGGUUUGCUUAAAUAAAUGCGGGUAUUGAUGAAA